GUUUCAAGCUGACCUUGACCAAAUAGAACACAAUGGAUUUAAGGAACAAUAAUAGGAUAAAUUCUACAAGUUCCACUGAGGUUGAAAAAUAUCGUUUGCGGCGUUUGCGCCCCCCACCCUAGACGAAAUCCUUAAUCGGUCCUUGAUUGACGUUGUUCUAAUUCGACAUUAAUUACACGAUGCACGUUGCCAAAUCGUUAUACUCAUACUACUCAUAGUGAUCAAAGUAAUGAAUACAAUAAAAGAUUACUUUGUAGAAGAUUAACGAUUAGUAACGAAUAUUCGAAAGUAGCGAGACUCAACACCACCAGUUUUGAUAGCUGAUUACCACGUGGAAUCCUUGUAUUAAAGUGUGUAGUGUUGGCGACCAGAAACUCAGGACCGUAUUCAGAACUGUCAAAACUGUGUAUAUAUUAUCUUAUUCCUACCUGACAUAAAAUAUAGUCAUGAUAAUUAGCAGCCAUUUUGCUUGUAGCGUUUUUUCUUGUGUGCAAAGUGACUUUUCUGAAUAAAAGCAUUGUUGGGGAGUAUGAAAACGUAGCGUACAAAAGACCACAACUAAAUACGACCCUGUCUACAGAUCUAACGUUGACAGAUCUGUCAGAAUUGUGUCACGUAUCGAUAUGGGAAAUUUUGAAAUAUUACUAGAUAAUCUGUUUACGUAAUAGAUAUUCGUGAACAAUACUUUACAGCUUAAGAGAGUCAUAAAGGUAAUAAUAAUUUGAUUCAGACAGUAGUUUGUUUCCUGUGUUGCAAUCAUAAAAACAUAUAAUAUAUAAUCAGACGUUCAUCCCUACUAUUGUUAUCGACCAAUGUCAUAUGUCAAGAAAGAGUUUGACAACCUUUUCCGUGCCUUCUUUCUCAUCUUGCCAUGUUCUGUGUCAGUGAAACAUUUGAAAAACCAAUCUCCAGGAUAAGGACCCUAACCUAACCCUAAGCCAAGUUCUUAUUUGAGAAAUGUAAAUUUGUAAUUGUGAUUUUCAAAGAUCUGUGAUUAAAAAAGUAUUCAAGUAUCCAAAAUGAUGGACGAAGCAGAAUUUGGCCACCGAGCCCGGAAAAGAAUUAGGGAGGUCAAGAAGAAGGCUCGACCAGAACUGAACACAAAAGGUGCUUGGAGGCAACAGGGUUACGCAAGUCACUUCGAAAAAUUCAAACAAUUCACAGACAACUGUGAAAGGAUCUCCGUGACAAGUUGUUCUCCACAGGAUUUUAUCACAUACUAUGAACACCCUUAUAAACCCGUUGUGAUAACUGGAUGCCAAGAACGUUGGAAAGCUAAAGAAAAAUGGACGUUAGAAAAAUUAGCCAAAAAGUAUAGGAACCAAAAAUUCAAAUGUGGGGAAGAUAAUGAGGGAUAUAGUGUUAAGCUGAAAAUGAAGUAUUAUAUACAUUAUAUGUUGACUACAAAAGAUGAUAGUCCUCUGUACAUAUUUGAUAGCAACUUUGGUGAGCACCGUCGCAGAAAAAAGCUGUUGGAAGACUAUGAGGUUCCUCCAUAUUUUCAUGACGACUUAUUAAAAUAUUCAGGUGAAAGCAAAAGGCCUCCAUACAGAUGGUUUGUCAUGGGACCAGCUAGAUCUGGAACUGGAAUCCACAUUGAUCCUUUAGGGACUAGUGCAUGGAAUGCUUUAGUAGUGGGACACAAAAGAUGGUGUCUGUUCCCCACACAGACUUCUAAAGAUUUGCUGAAAGUGACAGCACCUCUAGGUGGUAAACAAUGUGACGAAGCAAUAACUUGGUUUAAUUUCAUCUACCCGAAAACUAAAGAGCCAGACUGGCCUUCUGAUUGCAAGCCAGUCGAAAUACUGCAAAAACCUGGUGAAACAGUUUUUGUACCUGGGGGUUGGUGGCAUGUAGUCCUCAAUUUAGACACAACAAUAGCUGUUACUCAGAAUUUUUGCAGUAGGACCAAUUUCCCUGUGGUUUGGCACAAGACAGCUAGAGGAAGAGCAAAGCUGUCAAAGAAAUGGUUGAAAGCAUUGAAAAAACAUGUACCUAGCUUGGCAGCAACAGCAGAAAAAAUAAACCUUGAACAGCCUUCAGGGGUUGCUUCAGAUAGCUCCAGCAAUUCCUCUUCUAGUUCCAGUUCUGACUCAAAUAGUUCAGAAUCUGAGGUAGAUGACGAUAGUGGGCAAGAAUCCCUGUCUACUAGUAAAAAUAAGCGAAAAUCAGACUGUGAUCCUGAGCCGAAUAAGAACGUUAGUUCAAAACUGGUAAGAACGUGGGAACUCGAGAUUGAACUUUGCGUGCUACAAAAUAACUUGAAUACUGUUUUCUAGGUUUCUACCUCACCAAGCAUAUGGUCAGUCAAGGAUUAGGAAUUUUGUAUUUCUAGCAGAUGGAAAAUGGAAUUCGGAAACAAUUGUAAUGGGCUAACGUUGUAGGCUUAACGUUCUAACUUUAAAGAUGCUCCUAAACAUGGGAGCGUUGAUAUCAUUGUUUACUCCAGUUUGAGAAUCAUAUUUUCGUACUUUUAUGUAUAACUAGAAUUCGAUAAGAUAUGCCAUUGUAAGAUCAAAUAUAAUUUUGUUACAACUGGAAUCUAUUAAAAGCAGAUUAAAGUACAACUUAUUCUA